AUGGAUCCUAUGGCUCAACAACAACACCAGGGCGAGCAGCCUGAACUCAAUGCCUUUGGAAAGUUCACUGCUCAGUUCUUGCAGUAUGGCGCCAACGCCUCCAACAACAUCUCAACUGCAUUCGAUGCAAUGGACACAAAAGCCUGGCUCCGUCUUGUCGUCAUCGUGGGCGGCUACAUGCUCCUACGUCCUCUGGCUCUGAAGUUUAUCACAAAAGGAGCUGUCCAAAAGAUGGAGGAUGAUGACGCCCAGGAAAAGCGCAAGGCCCAGAUCUCUCCCAAUGAGCUGCGCGGACUGGCCGAGGAUGAGCCUGAAAUCGACGAGGAGGGUGACGGUACUGGUGCUGAUUGGGGUCAGAAGGCUCGCGUGAGACAGAGAACUAUGUUGAAGGACCUCCUUGAAGCUGAGGAGCGACGAAGGGAAGAGGAGGAGGACGACAAGGAUAUUGCAGACCUUCUUGAAGAUUAG